UAUGGAUGCACAUAUGCUAUCUUCUGAUGACAAAGAAGACACCAACAAUCAUAGACCAAGAUGUAUUCUCGCAGGCUUUUGAACUUCCCUCUGAGACACUUCGCUACACACCCUCCAAUUCUCCGCUCUGUGCCGCCGCGCCAGCCAUGGCAAACCAGGACAAUGUCUUUGAUGCAAAGGAAUCAAAGGGACUCUGGCGCUGGCUUUCCCUCCUUGUCUCGAGCUCUUAAUGACCUCGAGUCCUUCCUGAACCGCCCAGUGGGCAGCCAUGAUGUACUGGGUCACUACCCUCGGUUUGACGUCCGUGAGACAAAAGACAGCUACCGUCUCGACGGAGAGCUUCCGGGAGUGGAUAAGAAAGACAUUGAUAUUGAACUCAGCGACGACAACAUCCUUACCAUCAAGGGACGUUCUGAGCGAGAGUCAACCUCAGAAGAUCCUGAACAAUCCUGGUGGUGCUCUGAGCGUUCAGUGGGAGAGUUCAAACGUUCGUUUCGGUUUCCCAACUGUGUUGACCGCGAUGGUAUCGAUGCUAGUUUGAAAGACGGUGUUCUGUCGAUUACCAUCCCGAAAACGGCUGAAUCCUCUGUGAGCAAACGUAUUGAUAUUAAGUGAGAGUGAUGCAACGCAACAUGGAGGCUAUGGUUACAUGUCCGUGCUUGAUGGGCAGUCUUCCAGAUCUGCUGUAUGUUUGACAGCAUACUUACUUGGGUAUGGGCAAGGAGAUAUGAGUCUGGAAACAAGAUUGGUUCUUUAUGCUUACUUGCGAAUGGAAUGCACACAAA